AACCUCUUCUUCUUCUUCUUCUCCUUUUUUCAAUUUCAAAAAAAAAAGAAAGAAAAAACGAAUCAGCAUGGCCAUGGCUACGCACUUCACCUUCCCUUUCAACUAUGUUGUUUCCGAAGGCUCUCGUGGAAGAGGAAGUUUCGUCCGUAAGCUGGUCAGAGCUGUAGCCUCCGGUGAUUCAGUGGCUCCGGCCACGUCGGAAGAAUCAAAAGUGAAAUUGGGUGGCUCGGAUUUGAAAGUGACAAAGCUUGGGAUCGGAGUCUGGUCUUGGGGUGAUAACAGCUACUGGAAUGAUUUCCAGUGGGAUGACAGGAAAUUGAAGGCUGCUAAAGGUGCUUUCGAUACCAGUCUUGACAACGGUAUUGAUUUUUUCGAUACCGCUGAAGUUUAUGGUUCCAAGUUUUCUCUGGGUGCUAUAAGCUCUGAAACUCUUUUAGGAAGAUUCAUCCGUGAGAGAAAAGAGAGAUAUCCUGGAGCUGAGAUUUCAGUUGCAACCAAGUUUGCUGCAUUGCCAUGGCGAUUGGGUCGUGAAAGUGUUAUCACUGCCCUUAAAGAUUCCCUUUCCCGGCUCGAGCUUUCAUCUGUAGAUCUCUAUCAACUCCAUUGGCCGGGACUAUGGGGGAAUGAAGGAUAUCUUGAUGGUCUUGGGGAUGCUGUUGAACAAGGACUUGUCAAGGCUGUUGGUGUUUCUAACUACAGCGAGAAGCGGCUACGUGAUGCAUAUGAAAGACUCAAAAAAAGAGGAAUUCCUCUGGCCUCAAAUCAAGUCAACUACAGUCUGAUAUACAGAGCUCCUGAGCAGACUGGUGUAAAGGCUGCUUGUGAUGAGCUUGGAGUUACGUUAAUUGCAUAUUCCCCCAUCGCUCAAGGUGCUCUAACUGGUAAAUACACCCCAGAGAACCCACCCUCAGGUCCUCGGGGUCGCAUUUAUACGCGUGAGUUUUUAACAAAGCUUCAACCCCUGUUGAAUAGAAUCAUCACAAUUGGUGAAAACUACAGCAAAACGCCCACACAGGUAGCGUUGAACUGGUUGGUGGCACAAGGGAACGUGAUACCCAUCCCAGGAGCCAAGAACGCAGAACAAGCCAAAGAGUUUGCGGGAGCGAUAGGUUGGAGUCUGACAGACAAUGAAGUGAGUGAGCUACGGUCCCUGGCCUCUGAGAUAAAACCCGUCAUUGGUUUCCCUGUUGAGUAUCUCUGAACUCUUAAACACUCUGUUUGUAGCAUUUGUAAAGCUUAAAAGUUACAAUAUGAAUUAAAAGUAGUACAUAGAUGAUAGUAAACUGUUGUAAUACUAUGCAAAUAAAAUCUCUUUGCCUCU